GAUUAAAACAUCCAUUAAAAUUCGCAAUUGAUAGAAAUAAAAAUACUAAAGACCUAAUUUUAAUAAUAUUUUUUUUAUUUUAUUUGUGUGAGAUAAAUAAAUACUAAUAUCUGUCACAGAAUAAAAUUUCAUUAGUUUAUUUAUUUAUUGGCUUAAAGAAUAAAUAAUUAUAGUAAUAAUAAAAAACGCAAAAAGGGAAAACGAAACGGGAGAGAAAAGAGUCGUAUCGUAUCGAGCAGGAAGCGCGUGGCGCGGCCGAGUAAGGUUGAUUUGAUCUGCCCUUGUACUACAAAUUCACUUGCGCGAUUCCUUUUUCUUCUCCUCUACGAUUUCGAUUCCUUCCUCCUUUCUCUUCUCUUCUCUCACAAUUAUUAGGGUUUUAAAGAGAUGUUGUGAAGACAGUGAUGCCUCUCCUCCCACUUUGGUUAACCAGGCAAGUUUACUACACACAGGUUCUCUGGCAGCUUCUGUUCUGAAGCUCUGGUUCAUCUCGGAUUUCGGAUUGAAAUGUCAGAGCCCCGCGUGAUCAUCACCCUGGGGCGCUCUGGUCAGGUGGUGAAGACGCAGCAAACAGGUUCUGGUGGCUCACGGACUGACUAUCAGUCAUUAUCAGGAGGCAAACGAUCUGCCAGCCAGAGAUUCAGGAGUAAUACUGGUGGUUCUUUGUUGGCUUCAAACAAACGGCUGCGAGGGGAUUUUGGUGCAUGCAGUCCAGAUUACAAUAGAGUGCAUGAUGCACGAGUUGGGCGAAAUGAUCUGAGAUUGAAAUUGAUGCGUAAAGAACGAUUGAAGCGAAUACAGAGUGAGGUUGAAGCGCGGAAGAAGAUGUACCUACAUGAAAAAAUGUCAAUCUGGUCUACAGAUAGGAGACAAUUGAGGCACACUUCCCCCAUAAAAAGAUCAGGUGAAAUGCUGCAGGCGGAGUCAUUAAGAAAACCUUACCCUUCUUACAAUGGGGACCCAUUAAAACCUAGAUUCCCGGAGAGAGUACUGAAAGUUUCUCGUGAAACCUCACCACCUAGACAUAUUGAUGAACUGCAGCGAUUUCCCUCAAGAAGGCCAAGUGAUACUUCAAGAAAUGGGCAACAUUUGGACUAUGUUUUGUACCCGUCUAGGAUAAUUGGCCCUGCAUCUGUUACAAUGGGAGCUACCCACGACGCUGGCAAGCCAGUCACGGGACCUCCACCAGCAAGUGCCUUGCCAAACGCUUCAUAUACUGGUGACCAACCUCUCACUGUCAGUGGCUUGUUGCAUUCACUUGGUUUGGGGAAAUAUGCUAUUUGGUUUCAGGCUGAGGAGGUGGACAUGGCAGCACUGAAGCAAAUGGGGGACAAAGACCUGAAAGAGUUGGGAAUACCCAUGGGACCUAGGAAAAAGAUUCUCCUUGCACUCUUACCGCGUUCUAAACAGCAAAAGUGGUAGGUACAACCCUCAUUGAUUGCUCGAGGGGUGUUACUAGCAUAUUUUGUUGCAAUUGUAAUGCAUUGUAAUACUUUGAUUCUCAUAAUAUUUGAUUGUUUUGAGGGGUGGAUGUGGGGGGGUUGACAUGACGUGAUAAUCAAGCAGUGGAUGAAUGUUGUAUCGAUUUUUUUUCCCGGUUACAUAUAUUAUGUAAAAUAUAUGGUAGUUUUGUGCUUAAAUGCCUUCUGAAAAUGAUUAUAUUGCGUACUUAUUGUAAAAUAUGAGCUGAAAUGUUGGGUAUGUUUUGAAUCUUUGAGAUCCAA